AUGGCUACUGGUACCACUUCCCGUUUGAAAAUGGGCCUAUUCGAUGGCUUUUCGACUGGCAACGCCAACAGUGGAUCCAAAACGACAAAGAAGCAGUCACAUCAUCGAAUCUAUCAAGGUAUGAGCAAACAAGAAGAAGCGAUCCGAAAGAAGAAUACCUACAAGGGACCCAAGAUUACCGUAAGAGAAAACGAAGACGCCGCCAUGUGGAUCGACGACGACAACAGUAAGGACCAACCUCAACAAACCAAACGUAAGAGUUCCAAGAAAGGAUGGUUCCAAUAA